AUGGCUUCACAUCCCGCAAAUCAAUCCGAUGACGCCGCUGCUGCCACCACGUUCUCCUUGAUAUCCUCCCUCCGAUUCGACCCCAACCUCCCCAGCAUUGCCAGCAUAUACGCCCAAGAAUCCUAUCCCGAACCUCACGAUUCUCCCUACUACCUCCUCCGCUUCCAUCAAGACCGCCUCCUCGAAGCUGCUACCCACUUUAGAUGGCCCAAAGCAGUCGCAUUCCUGCAGCAACCGCAGGACAAAUUCGUCGAGGCGCUUGACGCAUUUAUACCGGAUCACAGUAAAGCAUGGAGAUUACGGAUAAUGGUUGAUGCGGAAGGGAAAUGCGAGGUUGAGGUGCAUCCCGCAACUGCGUGGCCGCUUCGGUGCAUGUUUUUGCCUACUUCUUUCGGUGAACUAGAAUCGUUGGGUGGUUCGUUUCCGUGGAGGUUGGUUAUUGAUACGACCUCAACUGAGCCAUCGCAGUUUACUACUUAUAAAACUACGUCCAGGGAUCAUUACAAUGCAGCGCGGAAGAGAGUUGGAAUUACCUCACGAACGGACCCUGUAGAGGUGUUACUGUUCAACCCGGAGGGCGAGGUUAUGGAGGGAAGUAUAACUUGUGUGUAUUUCAGAACGCGACCACAUUAUCAACCUCAUCAUCGUCAUCAUCAUCGUCGUCGUAACCAGGAAGAAGGUAAAAUUUGGGCAGAAUGGGUUACGCCUCCUCUGAGUAGCGGUGGGAUGGUUAGCGUAACUAGGCAGUAUGCUUUGUAUCAUGGAUUCUGCGCAGAGCAAGUGAUUCGAGUAGAUGAGCUUGUUGAUGGGGAGAGAUGUCUAAUCAGUAAUGGGGUUAGAGGGUAUAUGCCUGCUAUACUGGAGUUGGGGGCGUCGCAAUGA